CUCUGAGGUUUUUGAGGUUGAUGAGGUUGAUGAGUAUAAAUGACAGCUGAGGUUAAUACAGCUGCUAUAAUUAUACUGACUAACUCAAGACACUAAAUAUGACUGCUUUCAUUCUUCUUGCAAGUUUACUUGUUUUUAGCAUGGCUGAAAGAACUCAAGCAGGGCACGAAGUGGUGGUGGGAUUCACUGACUUGUCUGGUGUGACAACAGCAACCCCCGGGUCUACAGUAGAAAUCACAGUGGGAGUGUUAGAGGGACGAUUACAUCCCAAUGAGACCGUAAAACUGUUAUUGACAUCUGGACCAGGCUCAGCUAUUGUAAAUGAGGAUUUGAUGCCUCUUCAUCGCCCGAUUGAGCUAACAAUGGUACACCCUCGGAACACUUCAAAGGUAGUCAUCCGUGAAUCUGCCCACGAGGGAACAGAGUUUCCCGUGAGGUUGACGACACCAGAAACUGACUCAACUGGUGAUGUUGUGGUAACGUUUGCUGGUUUUUUUAGUAUCAAAAUAACCGGUGUGCCUGAUGAUGCGUGUACCUACAUUGCCUAUCUCGUAGGAUUUGCUGCAUUAAUAGCAGCAGUAGGAGGAAUAGCGCCCAUUAUCUACAAAAUGAAAAAAAGAAGAACACUGAUGGAACUGGCACCUAUUUAAGUAAAUAUUCAUGGACUAGCAUGAGGCGAACACCUACACCUAUACCUAGAGAGUUGCAAUAAUUAUUGCCUGUCAGUAUGUAUAUAUGUGUAUUGGGAUGGCACGAUUUUGUUAGUAUACUUUUACAUAAAAUGUUCAGAGUGCAAGCAAUAAUAUAUGGGCGUGCAA